UCUCUGCAGGAGGACUACGCCAAGGCAGAGGCUGAUGCAUCUAAAGCCAUUGAAGCUGAUGGUCGGGACAUGAAGGCGCUGUUCCGCCGGAGCCAGGCGCUGCAAAAGCUGGGCCGUCUGGACCAGGCUGUCAGUGACCUGCAGCGGUGUGUGAGCCUGGAGCCCAAGAACAAGACCUUCCAGGAGGCCCUGCGUGCCCUGGGGAGCAGCAUGCAUGAGAAGAUGAAGACUAUGUCCUGCACAGACUCGAAAGUAGAGCAGAUGUUUCAGAUCUUGCUGGAUCCUGAAGAAAAGGAUGCAGACAAGAAACAAAAGGCUGUGCAGAACCUGAUUGUGCUGGCACGAGAGGAGGCUGGAGCAGAGAAAAUCUUCCAAAGCGAUGGUGUGCGGCUGCUGACGCAGCUGCUCGACACGGCCAAGGCUGACCUGAUGCUGGCAGCCCUGCGCACCCUGGUGGGGCUGUGCUCUGGGCACCGCUCCCGGACCAUGGCCAUCCUGGUGGAGCUGGGGGCCCCUCGUCUCUCGGCAGUGCUGGGUGUGGAGCACGAGCAGGUUUCCCUGGCUGCCUGCAACCUUCUGCACGUGAUGUUCGAUUCCCUGAAGGAGGGUCUACAGAAGGACUUCCGUGGCAAGGAGGAUGCGGUGGUGCUGGAUUCCUCCAAGGACCUGAAACUGCUGAUCAAGCACCUCCUGGAGCUUCUAGCACUGGAAGGGGCCUCUGCGCAUGGCCGUGACAAUGCCCUCAACCUGCUCAUCAAGGUGGUGCCUAGGAAGUCACCAAAGGAGACCAACAACAGCAUGAGCCUCUGGGUGAUCGACCACGGCCUGAAGAAGAUUCUGGAGGUGGGAAGUACAGUGUGCGGUGCCCCGGGCAGCCUGCCCGUGACGGAGAACAGCCGGAUGAGUGCCUCAGUUCUGCUGAGCAAACUUUAUGAUGACCUGAAAUGCGACGCUGAGAGGGAGAACUUCCACCACUUGUGCGAGGACUACGUGAGGAGCUGGUUCGAGGGGCACGAGCUGGCUGGAAAGCUGCGGGCCAUCCAGACGGUGUCGUGCCUGCUGCAGGGCCCCUCAGAUGCUGGGAACAGGGUGCUGGAGCUGGAGGGUAUCAUGGACAGCGUGCUGACCCUCUGUGCCUCUGUUUGUGAGGCCCACCAGCUGGUAGCGGUGGAGGCACUGAUCCAUGCUGCUGACAAGGCCAAGCGCGCCUCCUUCAUCACCGCCAAUGGCGUCAGCCUGCUCAAGGAGAUCUACAAGCACAGCGAGAGGGACAGCAUCCGCAUCCGGGCGCUGGUGGGGCUCUGCAAGCUGGGAUCCGCCGGAGGCACCGACUUCAGCAUGAAGCAGUUUGCCGAGGGCUCCACGAUGAAAUUGGCCAAGCAGUGCCGCAAGUGGCUCUGCAAUGAUAUGAUUGAUGCGGGCACGCGGCGCUGGGCUGUGGAGGGCCUAGCCUACCUCACCUUCGAUGCGGAUGUCAAGGAGGAGUUCGUGGAGGACAAGGCAGCGAUGCAGGCCAUGUUCCACCUGGCCAAGUCGGAGGACAGGAGUGUGCUCUACGCAGUCGCCUCCACAUUAGUGAACUGCACCAACAGCUAUGACCACGAGGAGCCAGACCCCCAGAUGGUGGAGCUGGCCAAGUACGCAAAGCAGCACAUCCCAGAGCAGCACCCCAAGGACAAGCCGGACUUUGUGAAGCGACGGGUGCGGAAGCUGCUGACAGCUGGUGUGGUGUCAGCUCUGGCCUGCAUGGUGAAGAGCGAGAACCCAGCACUCACCAACUCCUGCCGGGAGCUGAUCUCCAGGGUGUUCCUGGCACUGGUGGAGGAAGCAGAGGACCGGGGCGGUGUGGUUGCGCAGGGAGGAGGCAAG